UUUAAAUAGCAGGUGUUUGGAAGAGACGGACAGACGGACAGAUCAUCCGGUUUGUGCGGGGUUUUUUUUUAUUUUGGUCGCCGCUGCACCGUAGUGACCUCUGCGCCAUGUCCGCCGCCAGCCCCGAGCCGUCCACGCCGAUCCCCACAUCACCGGCUCGGGUCUUCUUCCAGACGGUACCCGGCGUAGGAUGCGUUGGCAACGGACCGGUGCCUCGGGACGACCCGGUGCAGAAGAAGCAGGGCAAAGUCACGGUGAAGUACGACCGGAAAGAGCUGCGGAAGAGACUCGUGCUGGAAGAGUGGAUCAUCGAGCAGCUGAGCGAGCUUUACGACUGCGAGGAAGAGGAGAUGCCUGAGGUUGAGAUUGACAUCGAUGAUCUCCUGGAGGUGAACAGUGAGGACGAGAGAGCUGUGAAAUUGCAGGAAUCCCUGACAGACUGCUAUAAACCUACUGAUGCUUUUGUACAGGAACUCCUCGGAAGGAUAAGGGGAAUGAGGAAACUGGGCGCUCCUCAAAAGAAAAGCCUUUAAUUGCUCUUGAAAGGGCAACGACAAUCCAGCGACAAUGACUGCAAGUCCCGAAAUCAAUCAUCCAGCCCGACGCUCGGUUCGCCUCUCACCAGCUCUUCAUAGUCCGGACUAUAAAUCUUAGAAAGGACUUUUUUUUUUGUGUCCAAAAUUGAAUAGAUCGAAUAGUAGCGUUCACACCUAGCACAGCCUACCACAACCUCAAAGUUUUUAAAAAGCCUAUAAUGUUGUUUACGACAACAACAAAAUGUUGGGUCCAUGUCCACGAUUUUCUUGUAAGACAUUAUUAUUAUUAUUAUUAUUAUUAUUAUUAUUAUUAUUAUUAUACCUAAAGUUCAAGGGGUUGGAUUCAUCAUUCUUCUGUGGACUGUACAAUUUAGUUUCAGCAUUUUGAUUUGUCUUCCUAGCAUACAUUGAUAUUACAAUCUUACUAGCAUACAGUGUGUUUUUGUUUUUUGUAAUGUUUACCUUGUUAUACACUUUGUAGUCUUGUAGCUAAAAAGUGUCUCAACCAGUGUGUAAAAGGAAUUUUGUAGCUCAGAGUUUAGAUGUAUAAAAAAUCCCCCCACCAAAAAAAAAAUUAGGCCUGUUUUAUGGCCGACUUGUAGCUGCUGUAUAGCGAGCGCUCUCGAGUUGUUUAGUGUUAUUUAGAAAAUUCCAAUUUGUAUUUCAAUUUUAGUCUACGAUCGUUUUGUUUCUUAGUUUUGCAUAUAGGUUGCCAACGAAUGCAAAAUGAUGGACUUUGUAUAAAGAGCUAGUGAACUCGUGUAACGUAAUCGCUGCACUAGUGUUCACCUCACAAAUGACAAAUCACCACUGAGGUGAUUUUACAAAUUGUCCAAUAACCAAGAAAGGAAUGCUUUUAUUGGUCUUUUUAUUUAUUUUUUAGAUGUUUCCAUUAGUGAUUGGAUCGAUUUAGGCUUUGUGUGUUCAGAGAAGGAGGUUUUCUACUUGAUUUUGUAUUAGGCUCCUCUCAUUCGUUUCCUCAUCACCAGAUGAGCAAGAUGUCCAUUGUCCUCAUUUUUAGCAUUUCCUGUCUCAUUUAAAGUGUUUUACUAGAUGAGACGGAGAGUCUUGGUGGAUUGGACAGGUUCCUUUUUUGGGGCUUGUUUAAUUAUAAGGUGAAGAUGUAAAGAUCUCUUGUACAUGUGUGUUUUAGAUACUCGAGAAAUCUUCAGGGUUUUUCCAGGGCUUUGGCUUAGCAUAUUUUCUCUUUUAAUGAAUUCUGUAAAUGUUACAUUUUUACUUUUUGCAUGUGUUUCAAUGGCAUGAAGGGAACUUAUUUUUUUUAUGUCAACCUUGUGUAGAAUUUUGUAAUUUUUUUUUUUUUUUACAUUUAUUGAUAUUACUGUUUUAUGACUGAUUUUAACUGUAUAUCAGUUACGAUUUAUUUGUUUUUUUUUUUAUGUAGUGCGUGUGGGUUUUUUUGCAUCGUUUUAAUUAAAAUAAAGUGAAUUACAUUCUGUUGGUUUGCAUACAAAUCCACAGACUAUAAUCAUGUCUGGGUUAUUUGUUGUGCACUCAAUCGCACUAUUGGUAUUUUAAGCAGAAAUUGUGUUUUUAUAAAAAGCAAUGCUACCAGUGUUUAGGCACAUGGAGAGCUGAGUGUUUUCAGGAAAUCAGGAUGCAAAUUUAACUUUCAUGAGGUCAGCGGUGCUUGAUCUGAACCUCACUGAAGGAUGUUAUUGACCUGUAUCUGGUAACUUGGGAGCAUAUUGAAUGCUGCAUUCUUUUAUUUGUAUUAAACUUUCCAUCCUAAUCACA